AUGGUUUCCAUGGCUUCGUUUUCUUACGCACCAUUCUCUGCAGUCUUCAACGGUUCCAGGCCUAACCCAUCUCUAAAACCUGCGGCUUUUCUCGCCCCUUCCUUGAAAUUCUCCACUUUCCUAUCAAAUUCCGGGAAUCUGAGUAAUGGGUUUGCCCUAAAAUCUCCGAUUAAUCCUGGGUUUCUCUUCAAGUCCCGCAAUUUCACUGUUCACUCUAGAGCUGCUGCAGAGAAGACCGUUCACGAUUUCAACGUUAAGGACAUUGAUGGAAACGAUGUUUCUUUGAACAAAUUCAAGGGGAAAGUUAUGUUGAUCGUCAAUGUCGCUUCAAGAUGUGGUUUGACAUCAUCAAAUUACUCAGAACUUUCACAUCUGUACGAGAAAUACAAGAGCCAAGGCUUUGAGAUUCUAGCUUUUCCCUGCAACCAGUUUGGUGGUCAAGAGCCCGGGUCAAACCCCGAGAUCAAACAAUUCGCUUGCACCCGGUUUAAAGCAGAGUUCCCUAUAUUUGAUAAGGUUGAGGUGAAUGGACCAAGCACAGCGCCGAUCUACCAGUUCUUGAAAUCAAACGCAGGAGGAUUCUUGGGUGAUCUCAUUAAAUGGAACUUUGAGAAGUUCUUGAUUGAUAAAAAGGGAAAGGUUGUCGAGAGGUACCCUCCCACCACAUCCCCUUUCCAAAUCGAGAAGGACAUCCAGAAGCUGCUUGCUGCUUAA